AUGGACCAGACGUCGCAGCAGGACAGCCCUCUGUCCAUCGCGGCCAAUGUCGCUGGAAUCCUCACAUUUGUUGUCGCUAUUGUCGCAGCAGUGUACGUCAGAAUCACAUAUCUGCGCAACAGCGACGACGAGUAUUUCCGGGUCAAGGCCUCGCUGUCAUGGUUCAAAACGGAAUCCACGUGGCUAUCAGAUCUUGUUCGCACAGCCGGUGAAAGAUCGGGAGGUCCCCAUUCUCGCCAACCUGAAUAUCAGAUGUACGCCUUUGUGAUGGACGAUUUGAUUAAGCUGGAGAAACGGAUCCUGGAACUGCUGGCCGAGGCCGAGACUAAGGCUGCGGGCCAAGACGCCGAGAAUCAGGGUAAAUGGACUCUCGUGCCCAAGAGUUGGAGCUUCACGACCAAUGUGGCCAUGGCUUGGCUGCCGGUCCGGACCAAAACGUUGGAGCUGGUCCGCCAGAGAGAAGCAUUGACGGCCAGAGUGCAGUUCACGCAAAUGAGCAUGAUUUCUUCUCGGAUUCGAGAUUUAGAAUCGAGGACGACGUGGACGGAAGCCAAGGCUGAAGAGAGCUUUAUUCGUAUGGAGAAUCAAAUAACUGAGCAGAGAGCCCAGAUCCAUCAGCUGGAGGACCUCGUCUAUCGUCUGAUGCAUCGGAGUCGACUCAGCCACGGUCCAGAUUCACCGUUGGCCGAUCCCGUUAGGUCGCGCCGAUUAUCCAGUCCCUCGCAACAGCUUCCAAGCGAGUUGACGAAUCGAGGGCACCCCCGGCGGGCCAGUUCGCAGUCUACCCAGCGGUCGAGGUCCAAAUAA